UCUUAUUUUAAAGGAGACUUUUAUUUUGUCGGAAACGGCGGCGUUUGUUUACAAACCCGUAAGCAUGUCUGACCGCACGAGUGAUGCUGAUAACUCGAGGAAAGAUGCUGACAUCUCGUCCGUAAUGGGCUUCGCUGGAUUCGGAAAAAAAGCUCGAACGUUUGACCUAGAUGCCAUAUUUGAGCAGACGAGGCGAACAGCCAUCGAGAGGAGUCAGCGUGUUCUAGAUGAGCGAGUGCAACAGGAAGCUCACAAUGGCAGCCAGGAAGAGAAACCAUCCACAUCCACUUCUAGUAAACCGGAAACUGACAGCAGUGACAGUGACGGGUCUGACUCUGAUGUCAUCGGACCGCCGGUGCCUCCUGGAUUCAGUGCUCAGACAGAGGAGGAGGAGGAUGAUGAUGAUAUGGUCGGACCGCCGUUGCCGCCUGGAUACAGACGCACCACUGCUGAUGAAGAUGAGGGUGAUGAUGAUGAUGAUGAUGAUGAUAUGAACGAUGAGGAAGAUGAUAAUCCCGUGAAAAAGAUUCCAGAUACUCAUGAGAUCACUCUUCAACACGGCACGAAAACUGUAUCAGCUUUAGCUCUGGACCCUUCUGGUGCUCGCCUGGUUACCGGCGGUUUUGACUACGACGUGAAGUUCUGGGACUUCGCUGGGAUGGAUGCGGCACUACAAGCCUUCCGAUCUCUGCAGCCGUGCGAAUGUCAUCAGAUCCGAUCGCUACAGUACAGCAUCACUGGUGAUGUCAUUCUGGUGGUGGCGGGAAACUCGCAGGCGAAGGUUCUGGAUCGAGACGGUUUCCAGGUGCUAGAGUGUGUCAAAGGCGAUCAGUAUAUUGUGGACAUGGCUAAUACCAAGGGUCACACGGCAAUGCUAAAUGACGGCUGCUGGCACCCAAAAAUCAAAGAGGAGUUUCUCACAUGCUCCAAUGAUGGGACUGUUCGGAUGUGGGACUUAAACUCUGAAAAGAAGCACAAGUCUGUGUUUAAGCCACGAUCGCAGCAGGGUAAGAAAGUGACGCCCACCUGCUGUACGUACAGUCGAGACGGCAAACUCAUCGCCGCGGGCUGCCAGGACGGAACCAUCCAGAUCUGGGACAGGAACUUAAGCGUUCACACCAAGUUCCACUGUCGUCAAGCUCACACGCCCGGAUCGGACACUUCCUGUCUCACCUUCUCCUAUGACGGAUUAACUCUGGCAUCACGAGGAGGCGAUGACACGCUGAAGACGUGGGACAUCCGGAAUUUCAGGAAACCUCUCAGUGUUGUUAACGGCUUGACUACUUUCUUUCCAAUGACCGAUUGCUGUUUCAGUCCAGAUGAUAAACUCCUCGUAACGGGCACCUCUGUAAAGAAAGAUGAAGGCAACGGGAAACUGGUGUUCUUUGAGAGAGAAUCUCUUAAAAAAGCCUAUGAGAUUGAAGUCGCCAAUGCAAGUGUCGUCCGCUGUCUUUGGCAUCCCAAGCUGAAUCAAAUCAUGAUUGGAACGGGGAACGGUCUGGCGAAGGUUUAUUAUGACCCAGUCAAGAGUCAGAGAGGUGCGAUGUUAUGUGUAGUAAAGAGUAAGAGGAAAGAGAAACAUGCCGAGACCCUGACGCAAGACUACAUCAUCACCCCUCACGCGUUGCCGAUGUUUCGUGAGGCUCGACAGCGCAGCACCAGGAAACAGCUGGAAAAGGACCGACUCGACCCGCUCAAGUCACACAAGCCCGAACCACCCGUGUCCGGCCCAGGUAGGGGUGGGCGAGUGGCGGCCCAUGGCGGCACGCUGUCCUCUUACAUCGUGAAAAACAUCGCUGUGGACAAAUCCGAUGACAGCAACGCCCGAGAGGCCAUUCUGCGUCACGCCAAAGAAGCCGCGGAGAAUCCCUACUGGGUCGCACCGGCCUAUAAAAAGACGCAGCCGGAGCCCGUGUUUGCCGAGGAGGAGGACGAGGAAGAGGAGGUCGACAAAGAUCAGCCUGAAUGGAAGAAACGCAAAAUCUGAUUUUCUGUUUUAUUUUAACUUCAAGUUUAUCAGUUGGAAUUAAAAAACAGAGUCGCCACUUCAAUUUGCAUUCUCCCACAAAUAGUUUCUCAACUUUUGAACCUUUAAUUCUAGCGUGUGUGUGUAUAAGUACGUUUCCAAGUGUAACGAAAUAGAGACUUCCAUUGAUUUUCAUUACAGCUCAGAUUUCUUUUUGUACAGACAGUGGCUUAGAUUUGUUAUUAUCAGCUGCCUAAUUUUUUCUCCUUGUCCAAUUGUAUUUUAGUCCUUUAUAUUAAAAAUAAACAAAAGCAGUGUGUGGCCACAUCA